UUGUAACACUUGGAACGUUGCCCGGAACACAACCGGUGAUGUGAUUGUGUAGUGACCUUAGUGUCUUAUCCUUGCUGCCCAUCCACGCCACCUGUGACAACCCAUCUCAUACUGGAGUUUCCCGGAGUGAUCACCGGAAAAUUCCGGGGAUGCAGCUGAAGUACCAGCCAUGGGUACCGCUAUGCCGAGCGUGCCGGCCACGCAAAGGUUCCUGCCACCAGUAGUUCUUCAGAUGUUACAGUGCCCACAGUGUCUUAAAGAAGACGAGUUGAAUCAAAAGAGCGAAAAUGCAGUGUCUAGUGUUUGUGGUUGUGAUUUCGGCAUUGAGCACUGCAACUCCGGUACCAUCAGGAACCACGACAGCAAGAUCCCCCACGCAAAUCGGAGAAACAAUAAAGCAGCUGACUAACCAACUGAUGGAAAGAAAUGCCUCAUCACCUGAUAUAAUCACUCUAGACACCAGAACUCCCCCCAAAAUCAAACAGCACGCGAAAAAGAAAACCAAAGUACCCGAAACGUUCGAAAAUUCUCACGCAGGCGUCGCCAUUCCGGUCGACGAAGACGAAGCGCUUCUAGAAGCAACAACCAAAAAGCUCAACUUCUACAAAGUAGAAAAACCCACGACGAACAGCGGCCUGUCGACAUGGAUCCUUCUAAGUGGACAAACAACGCCGAAACCGUCCCGAAAACCCGUAAUCAAACUCAACGACAGACAAAACGUCACCCUCAUGGUGGACAACAACAAAGUCGUUAAACCGAUUUUCAAAAAACGCGUCACCACGACUAGUACCACGACCACACCACCACCUACCACUACGAAACUGACGAAAGUGAAAGCGUCGGUACUGAAUGGAGCCAAGAAGGUGAGUCCGAGUACCACGACGACGGCAACGACGGAAAUAACUACGAUAGUAGUGAGUAGUACCGCGGCGAGCAACUCCAGCACGUUACCCGUGGAAGCGAAAGACGGAGAGACUGAAUUAAGCACUGACAUUAAAAAAACGAAGCGGCCUUCAAACAACAAGAGGAAGAAGAAUAAGAACAGGAGGCGACGUCCGAGCGAGAAGAGUGAUAAUAGUACUAAAAUCGACAAACCUAAACCGAAGGAGAAACCUAUCGGUACCCAACUUUAUAACUACUUGUCGAGGGAAGUAAUGCCGACUGUAGGGGUUGGUUUAGUCGGUUUAAUGGUGACUGCAGGGUUAGCUAGUUACUUCUUGUACCCGUUCGGAGCUGCUAGACGUUCUUACGACAUUGAUCGACGCGAUAAAGACACUAAUUAUUAUUAUAACGACGAGUACUCGGGUGGUAUUGCUGAAGAAGAAGCAAUCGGAAAGGUAAUAGCAGGCAUGCCAUCAAACUCGCUAUAUGGUAACAAUUUCAAAACACCUACGUCGAGACAUAGCUUCAAUAAUCGCAAAGUUAUAGAGCAGAGUACUGUGUAUACGGUUUCUGGAGAGGAAGCUACACCUGCAGCUGUACCCGAACACGGUCCUAGGAAUCUCCACGUCAGACGCAGACGAGCUUUACCUGAAAACAUCGACGAAGGGGAGAACGAAAUCGACGGUACUGUUAGUACCAGUGAUGCCACAACGCUACAACCGAUGACCACGACAGACACAAGUACUACAACUUGGGCUCCCGAUAAAGUAAAAUCGUUCCUCGACAUUGUUAAAGAACUUUUCCACUUGAAGGUCCACCUCGGACUGCAACUCCUGCAAAACGCCACUCAGGCGGUUUCAACGUACUUGUCCCACUUUCAGAGACGAAUAGACCAUCAUUAUCAAAACUACACUCUUCAUUGACGACGACAUCAUCAUUAAUUUAAUUAGGAUUUAUGUACUCCCCUGUUUACAAAGUUUCCUUUCGUAGUACCAUUGUAUGCUUGAGAGUACGUAGAUUAGGUUGGGCAGGCUUGGGAAAAACCAUAAAAACCAAAAGUCAACAUUUAUUUAACAUGUAACAUAAGACUGUACUAUAUGAAUAAAUAAAUAAAUUAAUUAAUUAUUUAAUAUAAA